AUGUCUCAGAGCCUUCAUGUUUGCGAAAUCUGCGGGAAAAAGUUCGCGACCGUGAAAGCUGUGUAUGGUCACCAGAGGAUUCAUUCUGGGCUGAAAUGGAAUUGGGGUCGUAAGGAGUCUAGGUUUUGCUCGAUUUCAACUUCUGCUAAACAGACCUCCAUGAAAUCAGAAACUCUUCAUCCGUACCGGAGAGGAUUCAAAGCCUCUUCUUCUUCGUUGUCACUCAAAGAAUGUUCUUCUUUUAUGACUGGGAUCGAGAAACAUGAGAUGAGUGAAGCUGCGGUGAGCUUGGUUAUGUUUUCUGAACGAGUUGCUGUUAUUAGAAGUCUGACUCCGGGUGAAAAUGCCAUGGAUUUAGAGGUUAAAUCUACGAUGCAAGGGAAGAUCAUACAUUGUGGUGAGUGGAAACAAGAGCCCAGUGAAGUGUUUUGUCACUCUGAUGCUGUUGGAAAGUCUAGUACUUGCAGUGAUGUUGUUGCUCAAGCUUUGCCUUUUCCUCUGAGAAUCAAGUUGCAGACAAAACCAGAGAGUAACCAAAGGCUUCACAGCCAAUUAGCGCAUAAAAAGAAGGACUCCAAAGGUGGUAGAUCACUGUCUGUUUUGGCUGACUCUGGGACUAAGAAGGAGUUUGAAGAUAGAGAUACUAAUGUGAAGAAACAGUGUGUAGAGUCGAAACAAGAGUCCAGCGAAGUGUUUUGUCACUCUGAUGCUGUUGGAAAGUCUAGUACUUGCAAUGAUAGUGUUGCUCAAGCGUUGCCUUUUCGUCUGAGGAUCAAGUUGCAGACAAAACCAGCGAGUAACCAAAGGCUUCACAGAUCGAUUAAAGGCCAAUUAGCGCAUAAAAAGGAGGGAUCUAAAGGUGGUAGAUCACUGUCUGUGUUGGCUGACUCAGGGGUUAAGAAGGAGUUUGAAGAUAGAGAUACUAAUGUGAAGGAAGAGUUUGCUGAGUCGAAACAAGAGUUCAGUGAAGUGUUUUGUCACUCAGGCUUUGGAAAGUCUAGUACUUGCAAUGAUGUUGUUGCUCAAGCGUUGCCUUUUCCUCUAAGAAUCAAGUUGCAGACAAAACCAGGAGCUCGUUUUACACUGUCUGUGUUGCCUGACUCAGGAGCCAAGAAGGCUGUUCCACAACCAUCAUUCUUUGAAGUCCCUCAGGGGGAGUUGAUUGAACUUAGAGAUACGAAUGGGAAGGAACAUUACGCUGAGGCGAAGCGAGGGGUCAGUGAUAUUGUUGCUGAAGCAUUGCCUUUUCAUCUGAGAAGCAAGUUGCAGAAGAUCUUAGAGAGUAACUCCAGCUAUCAAUGCAAAACAUGCGGUAAGAGUUUUGGGUGUUUUCAAGCUGUUGGUGGUCACCAAAGACUUCACAGACCAACUAGUGGGAAGUUAGCGCGUAAAAGGAGGAGAUUUGAAGAUUCACUGUGUGGCUAUGAUUCAUCAGAAGCUAAGGAGAUCGUUUCGCAACUAUCAAGCUUUGAGGUCUCUCAGGAGGAGUUGAUUGAACUUGGAGAUACUACACUAAUGUGA